UGUUAAAAUGGAAUGUUUUUGUUUAUACUUUUUGAUGUUCUGACGUACGAAGAAGAUAUUGCUUGCUUUUAAUUGUAACUGCAUUAAAUUAUACUCUUUUAUGCAAAGAAUAUUGAAGGCAAGCAUGAGUUGAAUUUAAAAAAAACAUCUGUAAGUUUAGAAACUUCGGUUAAAUGCUAUAAAUUUACGCUAUUGUAUUCAAUGUUUGCCGGUUCCAACUCCUUAGCAGAAACGUGUGUUUUUGUCAUAAAUGGAUCCGGACAGUACUAACAGUCCAUCGACUUGUGGAUCUUCUCCUGACCAAUUUGCUAACAUAGAUGAGAAUUAUAUAUCGAAUUUUUUAAAUACUGAAGAUAAUUGUUCAACUGAAGUGAUUCAUCCAUCUGAUGCUAGUUUUACAACCCCUAAUGAUACAUUGGAAAGGAAUCAUGAUCAGGUGACUCCUGAAGAAACCUCAGAAAUGAACAAUAUCAAUGGACAUUCACAUAUGUCAAAUAAUGAGUCAUGUGAUGAAAAUGAUAAAGAUAUGCAUAAUAAUAUCCCCAAUAAUGGAUUGGAGUUGGCAAAGAAAUUCCAAGAAUUAAUGGAUAUAGAAAAGGAAGCCAAAGAUCUUCGUGAAAAAUUGGAGCAGUCCGAAAAAGAAAAAACACAGUUGCAGCUUGAAUAUGAUAGUCUUAAGGCAGAAAACUACCAGCUUAAAAGCUUGAAGGAUCAAGAAGAAACCUAUAAGAAAGUAAUUGAACUUCUGAAGAAUCAAAAAGAAGAAACCAAUCAGAAAGUAAUUGAACUUCAGAAAGAUUUAGCAAACAAAUCAAAUGCUCAGAUAAAACUACGAAAUGAAAUUGAAAGCUGCAAUUUGCAAGUAUCUGAAGCAAAUGAUUCUAUUAAAAAAAUGAAAAAUAAUAACAAACGUCUUUGGAAUAUGGUUACUCAAUUUGCACGCAAACUUGCAAAUGCUGAUCUUUUGACUGUUAAAGAAAGAAACAUCAUGAAGGAAUAUGGGGAAGAAAAUGAUAUAUCUUUAAAUAUAUUUGAUUCCAAAGCUCAAGAAGAGGAAAAGGAUCAGUCUUUAGCACUUAAAAAUCAAAAAGAUAUUGAUAUAAAGCAAAAUAGAGUACUGAUUAAAAGUGAAAAUAAAACCAUUGCAUCUGAUUAUUGUCUACCUAUUCAAAGCAAGGAGUCUGAAAGUAAAAAUUCUGAAAUUAAAAAUGAAGGUUACCAGUUCAGUCAGGGUAAUUCAUCGCUUGUCAAAGAUCAACUUUCAUCAGGAGCAAAUUGUUUUGAGAAAAGCUGCAGUGAAGAUGAAGAUCCAGUAAUGCCAGAUAAUAUUAAUAUAGAUGAUUUAGUAAAAAUGCGAAAGCAGGUCUGUAUACCAAUUGAUCAAUGGCCAAUUAUAUCUCCUAUCCCACAAACUCCUAACAAUAAUAGAUUCAGACAAGGUCCUCCAAGAAAAGACUUGAGGGUAGAUAAUCCUUCUAUGAUUGUGCCAUUUCAUAAAAGUCUUGGUCAAACUUCUGAGUCAUCUAAAAAUCAAGGAUCACUUAAUGAAGGUGAUUCUUCAAAGCCUAAUUCUUCCAGAAAGUUAACAUUCUGCCAUCAACAAUCAGAAGGAUUUGAUGUUAACACAGAACAUACUAAUCAUAUAUUUGAAUUGGGUACUGGUAAUUCAAAUCCUGAUCAAAUUUCUGGGGCAUCUAAAAAUCAAGGAGUACUCAAUGUAAGUGAUUCUUCAACUCUUAAUUCUUCCAGAAAGUUAACAUCCAGCCAUCAACAAUCAGAAGGAUUUGAUGUUAACACGGAAUAUACAAAUCAAAUAUUUGAAUCAGGUACUGGUAAUUCAAAUCAUAAUCCAAAUCCUGGUCAAACUUCUGAGGCAUCUAAAAAUCAAGGAUUACUCAAUGUAGGUGAUUCUUCAACUCCUAAUUCUUCCAGAAACUUAACAUCCUGCCAUCAACAAUCAGGAGGAUCUGAUGGUAACACUACUAAUCAGAUAUUUGAAUUGGGUGCUGGUAAUUCAAAUCAUAACUAUGCAAAUGCAAAUUCUAAUACCAAAUCCCCACUAAUGCGCAUUAGUAGUAAGCGUCGCCAUGACGGCACUGCAAAAAUUGACUUUAAUCUAACAACUACUCCGAUCACUAUGGUAGUAAAUCCUAACAAUUGGAAAGUUUCUUAUAUUUUAGGUCCACAUGAUAUAGAUACUGAUAAUCCUCUUUCUAUUCAACCACAAAGAGAAACUGCUAGCGUACAGGCAUGUGGAUCCCUCACUGAUAAUUUGGAAAAUUUUGAAAAGAGUGAGCAUAUCAAUAACAAAGAGCACACAGUUGAACGAGUGUCCUCUCCUGAAUUAACUACUCCAGUUUUGGUGAGUUCUGAACAAAGGAAUUUUUUUUCGGUUAGAAAACCAAAUGUGUCUAAACCAGAUAUCGUAAAUCCUGAUAUAUCUUAUUCAAAUGGCAGCAAAGCAUUGGAUGCUUUUGCUGAUCAGUGUAAAAAUGAUACAAAUCAUCAACACAUUAAGAAUCAUGCAGAUGAUAACCGAUUUAUAGUACCUAGAUCUUGUGCAAGUCUAUCUCCUUAUAAAAAAGAGAAUGAAUUGUUUUCUCAAGAAUUAUUAUCACCACCUCAUAAUUUAUGUUCACCUGUUUCUGAAUUAAAAUCUAGGAAAUCAACUAAUGUUUCAAAUGUCUCUAAAAGGUGUUCUUUAUCAGUGCCUGACGUAAACAAUAAUUUAAAAAAGGAUUCAACUAUCAGUGAAUCCACAGAUGAGUCAAAAAACUCACCAAAGAGUAGCCUAACAAAAAAACAAAAGAAAAGGAGUCUGAUGCCUACUGUUGAAUCAUCAAACAUUGUGCCAGCACGUAAUAAAGGAAGAACUCUUCUUAGUAGAGCUUUAUGCUCCAGUAAAAAUAUAGAAAAGCAAAAUGCUAAUGUUCAGAAAAUAAACGCCAACAAUGAAAAUGAAAAUGCCAACAUCGAAAGUGCAAAUACCGAUAUUCAAGAAAAGAAAUCGGAAAAUAUUAGUGAUGAAAAUAAAACAUCUACCACAUUUCAACCUGAUAAAGAGAAGUAUUUAUUACAAAGGCAGGGCAGAAUAGAGAAACAAAUUAAACUUAAUUCAUCUUCUUGUAGUGAUGGUUCCAGUAAUUGCAUGAUAAAACCAAGGGAUUUAAUUGAAGAAAAUGAAAACAUUGGUGAGGCAAUGCAACAAGUGGAAACCUUGUAUAAUAAUGUUGACAAUAACAAAGAAGUAUCUAGAAUUAAGGUUAAAAGUUCCACCAAAAUCAAACGAAAGAAGGAUUUAGUUGAUAUAAGUCCAAAAAAGAAAACUAAGAGCAAAGAAUUGAAAAGAAUUGUUACUCUGAAGAAUGAAGAUGUAGAAUCAGCUGUCCAAAGAAUGGAAGGUGAUGUUGAAGUAAAGCAGCUUAUUGCUGAAGAGCAUAUUGACCCAAAUUUCUCUAUUUCUAACUUAGUAGAGAACAGUUUGGAAAGGCAUAAAUCAGAAAAAUAUGUUGGUGAUGUCCCUCCAAAGAUUGAUACGCAACAUGAGAAUAAAAUUUCAGAUAUUUUUGAAAUGAAACUUAAAGAGAUGGAUAAUUUUUCAAAUAAUUCAGUUAGUAGUCCUGUUGAAUCCCUUACCAAAAAUGAAGAUAUUUCUGUGGUUGCAGAAGAAUCAAACAUCCUUGUACCUAAUUCUAUUGCUUAUUCCAUCUUGGAGAAUGAUCUUGAAGCAUUUAAUUCUCCUAAAGUAAAUAACAGCCAAAAUUAUAAUAAAUCAAUUCUGGCCAAAAAUCAGGUUGACAUAUCUGCUAAUACUGAUUAUUUCAAUAAUGAAGUCACUCAGCAGGAAAUUAAUGCCCAUAUUUCAAAUGUUAAUAAACUUAUUAAAAAAACUGAAAGUGUUGAAAUUCAGUAUUCAGAAUUGUGUAAACAAAAUUCAUCUAUGGAAAUUAAUAGUUUGCCAACAAAUCAAGCAUGUGAUUUGCCCCUACAACAGAAUAGAGAUUCUCAUCAUACAACAAAAUCCAUGUAUAAUCCUUUCCAAAAAUCUUCUGAAGUUUCUAUGACAUUAAAUCCUCCUAAAUGUGCUCCUCUGAAAAUAAAAUCUCCCAAAUUAUCUGCUUCAAAAAUUAAAUCCCCUAGUAAAUCACCAGCUGAGGCAAAAUCUCCUGAUUGUAAUUCCUUUAACAGCAGCAAUAAUUCUGAAGUAAAUGCAAAUUUUCCUGAGGUAAACUUACCUCCUUUACCUUUGGAUCCAUUUGGGUUGUCAGGUAAUAAGAUAAGUACAUUUUUACACAAAGAAAAGAAUGCUGGUAUAAAAUCUGUUGAACCUAGUCAUGAUGAAAGCAUCAAAUUAUCAGCUUCAAACAGUAACGAUUUAAGCAAAUCGGUGUUAUUGCCAGAAAGUGGAAGUAUUGCAGAGACUGUAAAUAACAUCGAAACCAAUGCUUCUAUGUUAUUUAACCACCAAGAAUGUGUGGUUGACAAUAUCAUUGAUUUUCUGCUAAAGGAUGAAGAUAGUAAUAUAAAAUCUAUUUCAGAUGCUGAAAGCAAAGAUAAAUAUUCAUCAAAUUCUGAAAUAACCAUUGAUAAUUCACUGAAUGAAACAAAAGCAGAAAUACCACCAGCCCCUUCUCAGACUAUUUCUGAUUAUUUAACAUCCUCUGCAGCAAGUUCUUUUGAGUCUACUUCUAACACUUAUUCUACUGUUGAUAUGAUUAUAAAUAAUGUAGCUGUUGGUGAUAUAAUGGAAGCAGAAGAACCAAAAGCCUCUUCUCAGAUUGAUUCUAAUGUCAUAGUAUCAUCUGCUGCUAGCUCUGUUGAGACAAUAUCUAAUAUUGACACAGUUAUAGAUAGUGUAGCUGUUGGUGACGUAGAGAUUGAAGUAAAAUCUCAGGAUCCUCUCUCUAGAACAUGUAGGAAGAGACAAACUCCUAUAGUUAGUAGUUCACAUCAUGCUGACAAAAAAAAAGUGAAAGGAUGCUUAAAAAGUAUGGAUUUAAGUACUUCUGAGGAAUCUGCUCUGUUAGUUAAUAUCAAACAUGACAGUUGUCACAUUUCAGAAACUGAUUCUGAUUUUGACUCUCCACUAAUUAUUGCUGAAGAUUUUGAAGAAGUUCAGCAAUCCAUUCCUGUUUCUGAAGUUAGAAAUUCAAAUGAGAAGGUUGAAUUCAAUGAAGAGUUGAAUUCAAUGAAGGAAAAUUCUCCAAACAAAACAGUAAAUAAAAAACAAAAGAAUCGCUCUAAGAAAGCAAAGAAAAUUGAAAAUAAAAUUGAAUUACCUCACAUAGAAGCUGCUUUUCAAGCCAUUGACAAGAUAAGAUUCACUGAAACACAUUUCAAUUUCCAUGUGCAUGAAUUAACAAGAAUUCUGAGUAAUCCAUCUGUUAUAGAAAGUACACCCAAACUUGCAUUUCAUUUAGUGAAAUAUCUCCAUACUACUAGGAAAAAUCCAUUGUUAUCAUUUUCCCUUUCCGGUGAUCCAGAUAAUUUGCUACCACCCUCAGAACUAUGUAUUGUGAAGGCUUUGCUAGCAGUUGAUACUAAAAGCAAACCUCAUCUAAAUGGACUUCUAAGCUUUAUAAUUGAAGCAAUGUAUCAACUUGUCUUAGGAAAGUUGCAGUAUCACAUCUAUGGAUUGAGUUCACUGUGUCGAGUAAUGGCUGCUAUUUGUAAAGAACUAAAUAAUAUUGUUAAACCUCGAAAUUUAUGUUGUGAUUUGUUAAGAUAUCGUCACAAAUUUGCACCAUUUCUGGUUGCAUCUAUUGUCAGUGUUUACAAAGAAGCAUUUGAAGUACAUCCUGAUACUACAGAGGAAGAGGAAAUAUUUUUAAGUGCUCUUUCUUAUGGUGUGCAGCAAAAACCAAAAACUCUUACAGAAACGCAAUGGAAACAUUGCAGCAAUGUUUUUUGUAAAUAUUUGACUGUUGAGUUUUGUACUGAUAUAAGUAAGACAAUACCUGACCUCCUGAAAUUCAUUGAAGAUAAACGCAAACUUGGUUAUAACAGAAAUGAUUUGCUGAUUGGAGUCUUAUCAAUAUGUGCACGAGUCAAUGGAUGGAGUUGGGCUCAAGAACACUUACUGGAAGCUUAUGUUCUUCCAAAUUUGCUGACUUACUCUAAAGAAGAUGAUGGCGAAUACGAUUUUGCAUUCUUUGCUGAUUUAUGUACUGAGAUUUGUUUUGAUUGCCCUGAUGAAAAAUUGUCUCAUACUUAUCUCAUGAAAUACUGGAAAAAUCCUGAAAGAGAAUUUGUACAAAUCUAUGCUGGUGCAUCUUUGCUGAAACUCUUACUGUUGAGGAAUGAUUUGUUUCCAGAAGAAAUGCAAGAAUGGAUAACGUACCAUCAUGAGGAUCACAGAAUUGUUGCAUCUACUAGAAUGUACUUUAACCUGAGACUAAUGGUAGAACAAGAUUUGGAACUUCAUGGCACAAUGAUCAUAUAAAUCAUUUACCAUUUUGUGCACAUAAGAUUAUAAUAUGUAGAGCUUUUCUUUCAUUUAGCUGUUAAGUCCUAUUUAAUUAUAUGUCUACAUCCAUUAAUUCCAUAUCCAUUCCAGUCAGGUUUACAUCAUUCAUUAUUGUAUAAUAUUUACAUCAACUGAACUACUUCAUUGAUUUAUAAAUACCAUAUUUGAAUUGUCUAAAAAUUAGUCUUUGGAAGAGAAUUGUAUAUUUGUUCAUCCUUUGUUUUUAUCAAAAAAAUGCUUUGUUCUCGUAUUUUGCAAUUUUUAAUGUUUUCACUAAAAGCAUAGUGAUUCUUUUCAGUCAUUUGUUAUGCAAUUGUAGUUAUUUAUUUUUUUAACAUAAUUUCUUAUUGUGAUAAUAGUACUCUAUAUUGAUAUUCUGAUAAUAAAAUGUUGUUUUUAUUGAAUCAUCUACAUGAAUAAAAUGAUCUCAGACUGAAAUAUUUAAAUGUGUAUCUUGGUAAGUUUAGAAAAUUUUCAUGUAAAAAAAAACUAAGUACAGUAUUUUUAUUUGAUAUUGUCUAAAUAAAUAUUUGCAUUUCCCCCUCCCCUUUUCUUUCUUGCUUUAUGUCAUUUCAUGCACUUCCUGUGUAAAGUAAAAGUCAUAUAAAGCAGUUUGAAGAGCUAUUCAUAUUUAAUGUAAAAAGAAAGGCUGUUCACUUACCAUUAGAUUUUCUUUUACAAGCGAAAAUUGCAUAUCCUCCCCCCUUCCAAAAUCAUGUCAUAUUUUUUAAAAAUUAAAUCAGAAUUAAGCCAAUAUAUUUGGUGAAAAACUGAUUGUGGAAUAUUUUAUUUUUUAUUAUUAAAUGUUCAGUUUCAAAAUUU